AUGAGUUUUGGGGGGUUUUAUGGUGGUGGUGGUGGUGGUGGGGAUUCAAGAAUGGUGGUUGCUGAUGGUUCUUUUAACAACAUGCCAUUGCAUAGGGCUCCCAUUUCUCAACCACAUCUCAUCACUUCAACUAUUCCCCAACCUAUCUACAACUCACAAUCUCUCUCCCUUGCCUUAAAGCCCAAGAUGGAAGGACUUGGAGAAAUUGGUUUGAUUGGGGAAAACUUUGAAGGAAAUCUUGGAAGGGUUAGGGGAGAUGGAUCUGAAAGCAGGUCUGGUGGAAGUGAUAAUUUAGAAGGUGCAUCUGGCGAUGAACAAGAUGUCCCAACUGGCCCUUCUUCCAGUUCUCGCAGGAGACAGAAAUAUCAUCGCCAUACUCCCUACCAAAUUCAAGAACUUGAAGCUUCUUUCAAAGAUAAUCCUCACCCUGAUGAGAAAGAAAGAUUGGCUCUUGGAAAGAAGCUGAAUUUGGAAAACAAGCAAGUCAAAUUUUGGUUUCAGAACAGAAGAACUCAAAUGAAGACCCAACUGGAGCGCCAUGAGAAUGCAAUUUUGAAACAAGAAAAUGAUAAGCUGCGGAUUGAGAAUAUAGCUAUGAAAGAAGCAAUACGAGCUCCGGUCUGCAAUAAUUGUGGCGGGCAGGCGAUUCUUGGAGACAUAUCUAUCGACGAACACCAUCUUAGGAUUGAGAAUGCCCGAUUGAGAGACGAGCUCAGCCGGAUAUCUAUUCUCGCCAAUAAGUUUUUGGGCAGGCCUUUAUCGUCGUUCAGUGGUUCAAUGCCUCACGGAAUGGCGAAUUCCAACUUGGAACUCGCUGUUGGAAGGAAUGGUUAUGGGGGUCUAAACCCAAUGGAUGUGGGAUUGCCCAUGGGACUUGACUAUAACAACGGGAUCUCCAAUGCUUUGCCGUUAAUGUCGCCUUCAAGAAUGGGGAUGGCGGCUGGUGGUGGCGGCGGCGGUGGUGGGGGUAUCGAUAUCCCAUAUGAAAAGAAUGUGUUUUUAGAGAUUGCUUUAGGUGCCAUGGAUGAACUGAUGAAACUUGGGCAGGCUAAUAGCCCACUCUGGAUUGGGAAUAUGGAAAGCGGGGGUGAAGUCCUCGAUUUAGAUGAGUAUGUGAGGACUUUUCCUCUUUGUCUCGGGAUGAAACCACACGGAUACGUAUCCGAGGCUUCGAGGGCUAGUGGCAUGGUGAUGAUCAACAGCUUGGCUCUUGUGGAGGCAUUGCUCGAUGCCAAUCGAUGGAAAGAUAUGUUUCUUGGUAUUAUCGGAAGUAGUAGUACAAUCGAAGUGAUUUCUGGUGGCACCGGCGAUUCAAGAAACGGGGUUGUUCAACUGAUGCAAGCCGAGAUUCAAUUGGUUUCGCCUUUAGUACCCGCUCGUCAAGUGCGGUUUCUUCGAUUCUGCAGGCAGCAAGCCGAGGGCGUAUGGGCGGUGGUCGAUUUAUCUGUUGAUGCUGGAAGGGAAGGAUUUAUUUCUAGGAGACUUCCUUCCGGCUGUAUCGUGCAUGAUAUGCCCAACGGCUACUCGAAGGUGAUGUGGAUUGAACAUACAGAAUAUGAUGAGAGCGUGGUUCACCAUCAGUAUCGUCCACUGCUUAGAUCAGGAUUGGGUUUCGGUGCUCAAAAAUGGAUUUCUACGCUUCAAAGGCAUUGCGAGUGUGUAGCAACCAUCAUGUCGUCUGAUGCUGCCAUCGAUGAUAGUCCAGUGCUAUCUACGGGUGGUCGAAGGAGUUUAACAAGCCUUGCACAGCGGAUGACGGCUAACUUUUGUGCCGGGGUUUGUGCAACUGGUGGUCACAAGUGGGAGGUGAUUGGUAAUGCUGCCGAAGCGGCUAAGAUUAUGAUCCGUAAGAGCUUGAAUAAUCCCGGAGAUCCUUCUGGAGCGGUUUUGAGUGCUACUAUGUCCGUUUGGAUGCCGAUGCCACAUCAAAGCUUGUUCGCUUUGAUGCUAAACGAAGAACUGAGGAGCCAAUGGGACGUCUUGUCCCAUGGCAGCGCAAUGCAAAACAUGAUUCGGUUCUCCAAAGGUCAAGAUCUCGGCAAUCCGAACACCAUCUCCCUUCUACGAGCCAAUACUACGGGUGCUAAUGCAAAUCAGAAUACGGUGCUGGUUCUUCAAGAAAGUACGACAGAUGUGACUGGAUCGCUCAUAGUAUAUGCAGCUGUGGAUGUACAGUCGAUCACUGUUGUGAUGAACGGUGGCGACUCAUCCUGUGUGGCUCUCCUGCCAUCGGGGUUUGCCAUAGUGCCCGACUGUGUGGCUGAAUCAGGUGCACCCGUUACCAAAGCCGGAUCCGAAGGUGGGUCCCUUCUGACGGUCGGUUUCCAGAUAUUGGUCAACGAUCUGCCAUCAUCCAAGCUCACAAUGGAGUCGAUCAACACCGUGAUCAAUCUCAUUUCUCGAACCAUUCAAGGGAUCAAAGAGGUGGUGCACUCUAAUCAACAAGGAAGGCAUGCAGCAGAUCAGUAGCUAGAUGGAUGGGAUCUAUCUAUGGUUGUUUCUGUUUUCGAUCUCGUGUUCUUUUUUCAUUGGAACUAGACCGAUGGUGUGGAUUUUGUUUUGUAGGGAAGAGGAGAGUGGGGUGGGGCUGGGUUCGAUCUCACGAACUGGGGUUUGAGUCAAGAACGAACCGCGGUGAGCAGUUGUGGUUCGGGUAUUGACUCAGUUGACCUGUGAGGUGAACUCAGCUUUCUUGCCUUCUCUUGUUAUUUGGUUUUUCGAUUUGUAUGCAUGGAGUUGGGAACUUCUUUCUCUUUGCAAUGC